AUGGCCCCCAAGGUGGCAGCAAAAGAUAAAGAGACUCCUCCUCCCCCCAAGCAAAAAGGUGCACCUGCUGUUGGAGCGGCUAGACGUAACCCUUUCAAGCGUAUUCCUCCAAAGGUUGGAUGGAUGUUUCUGGGGACCUUUGCACUCCUCUGCUUUUGCGUCUUGAUCACAAUGGCCGUUCUCUAUGUUAAGAUGGCUGCAGAAAAGAAGAGCCCACUCGAUGAGCCAAUGAAAAAACUGAAGAGCACAAUGGCAACGGGGCUAAGAAAUAAUAAGCUCAAUCAUGAAAGUCCCAUGAAGAUAGCUGAAGAAGUAGUCAAGCUGCCAGCCCACAUAGCAGAUGCUGAAAAGGUCUACAACGAGCGGAGACUAAAGUACCAAAACCUCUUCAGGAAAGGUGCAAGGUCAGUUAAUGGCUGGAAGCUUUUUGGGAGGAGCCUCUACUACAUUUCAAAAGGAAAAAAGACCUGGUACGAUGCUGAGAACUUCUGCAUGUCCAGAGAUGCCCACUUGGCCUCCAUUCUAACUGAUGAAGAACAGAUCUACAUCACUUCUCAGCUCAGCAGUCCUGCCUGGAUUGGUCUUUCAGAUGAAAAUGAAGAAGGCAACUGGGAAUGGACCGAUGGCUCCAGAUUUAUAACACAGUACUGGUCUGGUGGUAAUCCAAGCCGCUGGGAGAACUACGGAGACAUGGAGCAAGACUGCACCACCAUCAUUCCUUCGCCUAGUGAAAAAAACUGGAAUGAUGGUGACUGCCAUGAACUUCACAGAUGGGUUUGUAAGGAGAGUCUAGACGUUGAAGAACCAUAA